AUGGGUAAUCCAAUAGACAUAGAAAAAGUGCAGGAAGAAAAAGCAUAUAAGCUUCAUGAUCCUACUAAAUACGAAAAGUUCAAGAAACUUCCAAAGCUUAAAUCUCGAAGCUUCAACAUCCUCCUAUUGUUUUACAUCUUCGUAUCUUUGUUGUUAUUAACUAUAAGCUCGGUGAGCAAACCCAUGAAAUGGGCUUUCAUACUUGAAUUUGAUUUUUCUAACGCUAGAUUCAUAGAGUCGAAGGUUAAUUACGAAGACAAGUCCUACGUAUACUUGAUACCUACAAAUGAUACAUCUUCAGAUUCUUAUUCCAGAGAAUCAUUAAAUAUUUAUGGAGUUUAUCAAGUGGGGCUCUGGAAUUGGUUGAAAUGGGAUGUUAGCAAAGAUGGGGAUAUUAAUAACUUCACAGUAGGACCUCAAAAGAGUACCAGCGAUGCAUUGAACCUAGUAGAAGUUAUAAAUAAUGAUGUUAUGAAAGUAAAUUCCAGCAUUAAGAUUGUACUUCCGAAUCUAGAGGCGUACCUAGGUUCGGGUUCCUAUUGGCAAAUAGAUAGUUCGAUGGACAUGAAAACUUCAUAUAAUGCUAACAAGGUAAUUCAGCCAUUUUUUGUUCUAAGCUUAUUGUUUUUCAGUGUCACUCUCGGAUUGACCAUACAGAACUAUAUUAAGGGUAAUCUGAAAGUUUUAAGACAAGUCUCAGCUGGAGUUUCAUUCCUUUUCAUAUUGAUAACUACAGUAUUUUAUUCCUUAGCAUCACCUCAAUAUCGUCACUUGAUCCUGAAGUCAUUCCAGUACAUUUCUGUGAGCUAUUCUAAAACAGCUGCUGGGCUAUUCUACCUGACUUUUGCUAUUUACUUGCUUAUCACCAUAAAGAUGGUAUUUUGGGGAUAG